UUCAGUCACACGCCGGCCGAUGUCACUUAAUGUCGGUGCGAGAGACGUUACGCCAUGUCUACACGACUGCCGGCAUGUCGCUAAGCUGGUUUCGCCUUCACCAGGUCACGGUUACCCGCCCUUCCCAUUCGCCGCUUUGCUCCCCUCAUCCGGGGGGCAGUUUGCUUGGUGAGGGAAGUGCUGUGUGUGGCGGGUUGCCCGGCUGUAGCAAUGCAACAUGGGGUUACGUGUUUCUCACAGACACGGAUGCAUUCGGCCCAAGAUCCAGGAAAUCCGCAGUAGAGGGUGACAACACCGGGCCAAUUAGAAUAAACUGAGAGGCGUGGGGCUGGUGCGGAGGAGGCGAGGUGACAGGCGGCCUUUGCAUGAGCAAACGAUGCCCUGUGCUUCACAUCACCUAUGCAGCUAAAAGCUGUGCAAAGAAGGAAUCCGGUGCUUAUUCACAGAAAGCUGGCUUUCCGAGGGGGAGGUGCUAUCCAUUUCUCAUAAACGGAUCAUCAUUACCUACCUCGAGCCGACGAAUGGCAACGAGCUGCUGGAGUCGGUUAGCACAGAGCGGGAGAAAAUCAACUAUUACCAUCUGUAAAUAAUUGACUGUUUCGCGUCAGUAAUGUCUGUGUAUGAGAUGACUGCUGCCAUGGCCACACUCUGAAGAAUGUUCCACCUGCCGCUGUCAGAUGUUGCAAAAGAGCCCGUUAAGACAGGGUCCUGAUUGACACGGAAAAUGGGUUAUUUGCCUUCGCUCAGGAGGAAGAACUCAUCCGUACCUGAGGCAGAUGACCUCGCAAAUCUGUUUUUCCCGUGUUCCCAAAACGGCAGCCCACAUCCAAGUGGAACAUAUUCCAUUUCGGAUGUUUAAUGUUCGGUUGCCAGGCCGACCGACAGGAGAAAGAGAAAUCAGCCAAUGAAACGAGCUGUAGGUCCCUCUGGUGCCAAACCACUGAACAGAUUCAUCAGAUGGACAGAGAGCAGAGGGAUAGACCCCAGCAGAUGGAUGCUGUGCCGGAUGGUGAGAGAGAGAACACGAAUCACACAGAAUGCAUUGUACAAGACGACUAGCGGCACAGUGUCGGAUGGAGGGACAUGUUAUAAUGCUGCUUGCAUUUGUUGGGGCCCCCAUCAGUAGUGCCAAGAGAGUGUAACCGGGACGAUCUGAAAUAAAAGCAGCGAGGGAGGCUUGCUUUGCUGCCCCGUCUUUCACCGGGGAGCAGCGGCGCGCCUAGGAGAAGUUGGGACAUCUUUUGGUGAAGUUUUGCCACGGACUGGGACAAUGGGAUGCUAAUGAGAUUUCCGCAGGUAGUCCCUGAGCCGACAGCUGGGUGGAGCCAUCGGUGACCCCCCCGUGUCUGUGUGUGUGGAUAAAGCAUGCCCACAGCAUGGAAGUGAAGGAGCGAAGGCCCUAUUGCUCACUGACCAAGAGCCGGAGAGAUAAGGAGCGGCGUUACGGCGGCACGCCGGAUGAGGCAGAGGAGUGCCGUGUGGCCACCCAGCAGUCAUACAGCUCCAGCGAGACCCUGAAGGCCUUCGAGCAGGAUUCCUCACGGCUGCUUUACGGCAGCCGUGUCAAGGAGCUGGUGCACCGCCAGGCCGACGAGUACGCACGCCCAGGGCAGAACUUCAGCCUGCGACAGCUGAGCCUCUGUGAGCCGCCGCCCCCCCGCCGGGCUCCCGCCUUCUGCACGGACAUCGGCCUGCCGCACCGCGGGUACUCCGUGGGCCCCGGCUCGGACGCAGACGUCGAGGGAGAGCGCCCCAUGUCGCCGGAGCGCGCCAUGCGGCUCUGGGGUCGGGGGGUGAAGCCAGGCCGCAGCUCCUGCCUGUCCAGCCGCUCCAACUCUGCGCUCACCCUGACCGACACGGAGCACGAGAACAAGUCCGACAGCGAGAACGGUUCUCCCAUGCCAUCCUCCCUAUCCAGCCCAUCAGCUGCCAGGCAUUCACUUUCCCAACCUCCAUCACCCAAUCUCCAUGACAACCAGAGGCCGUUGCUAAGUAAUGACAGCACCCAGCCGGUUCGAGGCUCAGAUUCGGAUGAAGAGUUCACUGCCCGUGCGUUUAUCCCGGUAGCGCAGGCGGGCCGGGGCUCUGCCACUGAUGAGCAGCCUCCCGUCCACCAGGGCCAGCCCCCGCUGCCCCCGGUGCCGCCGCCCCACAAGCCGCCACCCUCCGUCACCGCGCUGAACCACAACUCGCUGACCCGCCGCAGGAACCACAGCCCGGCGCCGCCGGCCGCACUGCCCGCCGAGCUGCAAACCACGCCGGAGUCCGUCCCGCUGCAGGACAGCUGGGUCCUGGGCAGCAAUGCACCGCUGGAGAGCAGAAAAUUAGCAAAGCAAGCAGUGUUCGAAAACGGGCACGAGAGCCUUAUAGAGAUGGACGUAUUCACUCCGGCGUGCCACGAUGGCGGCUGUGAGGACGGGCACUUUCUCUUCAAGACAGGUACCGGCACGACUCCUCUCUUCAGCACGGCAACCCCAGGCUACACCAUGGCGACCGGGGCCGUGUACUCCCCGCCCACCCGGCCCCUGCCCCGCAACACACUCUCCAGGAGUGCCUUCAAGUUCAAGAAGUCCUCCAAGAUGUGCUCCUGGAGGUGUACCGCCCUGAGCGCCGUGGCUGUGUCCGUGCUCCUGUCCGUGGUGCUCUGCUACUGCAUAGCCAUGCACCUCCUCGGCUUGAACUGGCAGCUCCAGGAAGCAGAGAACGUCGCCUUUGAGAACGGACAGCCCAAGUCGGACACCGCACCCACGAACGCUGUCACCGUGCUCUCAGCCGACAGCGGCAAGCCCCAGCAGGAGAACAACACGAUCGACACGGGCGAGGUGGACGUGGGCCGCAGGGCAGUGCAGGACGUGCCCCCCGGCGUCUUCUGGCGCUCGCAGCUCUUCAUCGACCAGCCGCAGUUCCUCAAGUUCAACAUCUCCGUGCAGAGGGAUGCGCUGGUGGGCGUCUAUGGGAGGAAGGGCCUGCCACCAUCACAUACGCAGUACGACUUCGUGGAGCUCCUGGAUGGCAGCCGGCUGAUCGUGAAGGAGAAACGAGGCCUGGCCGAGCCAGGGGGCAGGGGCCGCAGGACACGCUCCAUCAACAUGCACGAGGCCGGAUUCAUUCAAUACCUGGACUCGGGCACCUGGCACCUGGCCUUCUACAACGACGGCAAGAAUGUGGAGCAAGUGUCCUACAGCACCAUCGUCAUCGAGUCCGUCAUGGAGUGUCCUCACAAUUGCCAUGGAAAUGGAGACUGCCUUUCUGGGGCGUGUCACUGUUUCCCAGGAUUCCUGGGCCCCGACUGCUCCAGAGCAGCCUGUCCCGUGCUGUGCAGUGGGAACGGGCAGUACUCCAGGGGGCGCUGUCUCUGCUUCAGCGGCUGGAAGGGGACGGAGUGCGACGUGCCCAGUAACCAGUGCAUCGACGUCCACUGCGGGGGCCACGGGCUCUGCAUCAUGGGGGCUUGCGUCUGCAACACGGGCUACAAAGGGGACAACUGCGAUGAGGUGGACUGCCUGGACCCGUCCUGCUCAGCACACGGUGUCUGCCUCCACGGCGAGUGCCACUGCAGCCCAGGAUGGGGCGGCUCUAACUGCGAGAUCCUGAAGACCAUGUGUCCAGACCAGUGCUCAGGCCACGGUACCUACCAGGCUGAGAGCAGCACCUGCAUCUGCGACUCCAACUGGACCGGGUCCGACUGCUCCGUCGAGGUGUGCGAGGUGGACUGCGGCUCCCGCGGCGUCUGCAUCGGUGGCAGUUGUCGCUGCGAGGAGGGCUGGGGCGGCCCCGUGUGCGACCAGCGGACGUGCCACCCGCGCUGCACCGAGCACGGCACCUGCAGGGAUGGCAAGUGCGAGUGCAACCAGGGCUGGACGGGAGAGCACUGCACCAUGGAUCAAAACCUGGAGAGGAUAGUACCAGAGAGGAUAGGAUAUAAAGAGGGCUGCCCCGGUUUGUGCAACAACAAUGGGAGAUGCACCUUGGACCAGAAUGGCUGGCACUGCCUCUGCCAGUCUGGGUGGCGGGGGGCAGGGUGCGAUGUCGCCAUGGAGACCCUCUGUACGGACGGCAAGGACAACGAGGGAGACGGCCUGGUGGACUGCAUGGAUCCCGACUGUUGUCUGCAGAGCUCGUGUCGCAGCCAGACCUACUGCCAGGGGUCUCCUGAACCCGCUGAGCUGCUCGCCCAGGCCCAGCCCUCGCUGACUCCCCAGGCCGCCCGCUCCUUCUACCAACGUGUCAGCUUCCUACUGGGGCCUGAUGGCAGUCAUGUGAUCCCCGGAGAGAACCCCUUCAACCAAAGCCUGGUGUCCAUCAUCCGAGGUCAGGUGCUGACAGCAGAUGGGACUCCGCUCAUCGGAGUCAAUGUCUCCUUCCUGCAUUACCCGGAGCACGGAUACAGUAUCACGCGACAGGACGGCAUGUUCGACCUGCUGGCCAAUGGCGGCGCCUCGCUGACGCUGAGCUUCGAGCGUGCCCCGUUCCUGCCACAGAGGCGCACCGUGUGGAUCCCUUGGGGCGUCUUCCAUGUCAUGGACACCCUGGUGAUGAAGCGUGAGGAGAACGACAUCCCCAGCUGCGAUCUGAGCGGCUUCGUCACGCCCAGCCCCCUCGUUGUGGCCUCGCCUCUCUCCACCUUCCACAGGUCGUCUCCCGAGGACAACCCCUUCCUCCCGGAGACGCAGGUCCUGCAGGAGGAGACGGCCAUCCCGGGAAGUGACCUCCACCUCUUCUACCUGAGCUCACGGGCGGCGGGCUACAAGGCCGUCCUGAAGGUGACCAUGACCCAGGCCACCAUCCCCUUCAACCUGAUGAAGGUGCAUCUGCUGGUGGCUGUGGUGGGCAGGCUUUUCCAGAAGUGGUUUCCCGCCUCCCCCAAUCUGUCCUACACGUACAUCUGGGACAAGACUGAUGCUUACAACCAGAAGGUCUACGGCCUGUCGGAGGCCGUGGUGUCGGUCGGCUUCGAGUACGAGUCCUGCCUGGAUCUGAUCCUCUGGGAGAAGCGGACGGCCGUCCUGCAGGGCUACGAACUGGACGCCUCCAGCAUGGGAGGGUGGACACUGGACAACCACCACAUGCUGGACGUGCAGAACGGCAUCCUCUACAAGGGCGACGGCGAGAACCAGUUCAUUUCCCAGCAGCCCGCCGUGAUCAGCACCAUCAUGGGCAAUGGCCGCCGCCGCAGCAUCUCCUGCCCCAGCUGCAACGGCCAAGCGGACGGGAACAAGCUGCUGGCUCCUGUGGCCCUGGCCUCCAGCGGCGACGGCAGCCUCUUCGUGGGCGACUUCAACUACAUCCGCCGCAUCUUCCCCUCAGGGAACGUCACCAGCGUCAUGGAGCUGAGAAAUAAAGAUUUCAGGCAUAGCAACAACCCUGCCCACAGGUACUACCUGGCCACAGACCCCGUGACGGGCCAGCUGUACGUCUCUGACACCAACUCGCGGCGGAUAUACCGGCCCAAGCUGCUGAUGGGAGUGAAGGACCUGCUGCAGAACAGCGAGGUGGUGGCGGGCACCGGCGAGCACUGCCUGCCCUUCGACGAGGCGCGCUGCGGCGAUGGCGGCAAGGCCACCGAAGCCCUGCUCAUGGGGCCCAAAGGUAUCGCCGUGGACAAAAAUGGAAUUAUAUACUUUGUCGACGGGACGAUGAUCAGAAGGGUGGACCAAAAUGGCAUCAUCUCCACCCUGCUGGGAUCCAAUGACCUCACCUCUGCCCGACCUUUGACCUGUGACACCAGCAUGCACAUCCGUCAGGUGCGUUUGGAGUGGCCCACGGACCUGGCCAUCAACCCCAUGGACAACUCCAUCUAUGUGCUGGACAACAACGUGGUGUUGCAGAUCACGGAGAACCGGCAGGUGCACAUCGUGGCCGGCCGGCCCAUGCACUGCCAGGUGCCCGGUGUGGAGUACUCCAUGGGCAAGCGGGCCGUGCAGGCCACGCUGGAGUCCGCCUGCGCCAUCGCCAUCUCUUACAGCGGUGUGCUCUACAUCGCUGAGACGGACGAGAAGAAGAUCAACCGCAUCCGCCAGGUGUCCACGGAUGGCGAGAUCUCGCACCUGGCGGGCGCCCCAUCCGAGUGCGACUGCAAGAACGACGCCAACUGUGACUGCUACCAGAGUGGAGACGGCUACGCCAAAGACGCCAAGCUCAACUCACCGUCCUCACUGGUUGUGUCCCCGGACGGCACGCUCUAUGUGGCCGACCUGGGCAACAUCCGCAUCCGCGCCAUCUACAGGAACCGGCCGCAGCUCAACUCCAUGAACUUCUAUGAGGUGGCCUCUCCCGCCUCCCAGGAGCUCUACAUCUUCGACGUCAACGGCACCCAUCAGUACACCACCAGCCUGGUCACCGGCGACUAUAAGUACAACUUCAGCUACAGCAAUGAGAACGACAUCACGGCGGUGACGGACAGCAGCGGCAACACCCUGCGCAUCCGCCGGGACCCCAACCGCAUGCCCGUGCGGAUCGUCUCCCCGGACAACCAGGUGAUCUGGCUCACCAUCGGGACAAACGGCGGGCUAAAGACCCUCACUGCCCAGGGACAAGAGCUGGUGCUGUUCACCUACCAUGGCAACAGUGGCCUGUUGGCCACCAAGAGCAUUGAGAUCGGCUGGACCACCUUCUACGACUAUGACGGAGAAGGCCGACUAACCAACGUCACCUUCCCCACCGGCGUGGUCACCAGCCUCCACAGUGAGAUGAAGAAGGCAGUCACGGUGGACAUCGAAACGUCCGGCAGGGACGACGACGUCAGCAUCACAACUAAUCUUUCCUCCAUCGAGUCCUUCUAUACUCUGGUUCAAGACCAGCUUAGGAACAGCUACCAGGUGGGUUAUGACAACUCGCUGAGGGUGAUCUACGCCAACGGUAUGGACACACACUACCAGACGGAGCCGCACAUCCUGGCCGGCACGGCCAAUCCCACGGUGGCCCGGCGGAACAUGUCUCUGCCCGGGGAAAGCGGGCAGAACCUGGUGGAGUGGCGGUUCCGGAAGGAGCAGACUCGGGGCCGGGUGACAGUCUUCGGCCGUAAGCUGAGGGUGAACGGUAGGAACCUCCUGUCUGUCGACUACGACCGGGCGAUGCGGACGGAGAAGAUAUACGACGACCACCGCAAGUUCCUUCUGAAGAUUGUAUAUGACUCCUCUGGCCACCCGACUCUCUGGGUGCCCAGCAGCAAGCUGAUGUCGGUCAACCUCAACUAUUCGUCCAUGGGCCAGGUCACCAGCAUCCAACGCGGUCCCACCACCGAGAGGGUGGAAUACGACAGCCAGGGGCGCAUCGUGUCCCGCACCUUCGCCGACGGCAAGACCUGGAGCUACACCUACCUGGAGAAGUCCAUGGUCCUGCUGCUUCACAGUCAGCGUCAGUACAUAUUAGACUACGACCUGCAGGACCACCUGUCAGCCAUCACCAUGCCCAGCGUAGCCCGGCACACCAUGCAGACCAUCCGCUCCAUCGGUUAUUAUCGGAACAUCUACAGUCCCCCGGAGAGCAAUGCAUCCGUGGUGGUGGACUACAGUGAGGAUGGCCAGCUGCUACAGGUGGCCCACCUGGGCACGGGCCGUAGGGUCCUAUACAAGUACCGGAGACAGAACAAGCUGUCGGAGAUUCUGUAUGACAGCACCCGCGUUAGCUUUACUUAUGAUGAGACAGCAGGUGUCCUGAAGACGGUGAACCUGCAGAGCGAGGGAUUCAUCUGUACCAUCCGCUACCGGCAGAUCGGGCCCCUGGUCGACCGGCAGAUCUUCCGCUUCAGCGAGGAUGGCAUGGUGAAUGCCCGCUUCGACUACACGUACGACAACAGCUUCCGCGUCACCAGCAUGCAAGGUGUCAUCAACGAGACGCCGCUGCCUAUCGACCUCUACCAGUUUGAUGACAUUUCCGGAAAGGUCGAGCAGUUUGGCAAGUUUGGUGUCAUCUACUACGAUAUCAACCAGAUCAUCUCCACUGCAGUCAUGACCUACACCAAGCACUUUGAUGCCCAUGGCCGGAUCAAGGAGAUCCAGUAUGAAAUAUUCCGUUCUCUGAUGUACUGGAUAACCAUACAGUAUGACAAUAUGGGCCGGGUAACCAAGAGAGAGGUUAAAAUUGGGCCCUUUGCCAACACGACCAAGUACGGCUAUGAGUAUGACGUGGAUGGACAGCUCCAGACCGUGUACCUCAACGAGAAGAUAGUGUGGAGGUACAACUAUGACCUCAAUGGAAACCUUCACUUGCUGAACCCGAGUAACUACGCUCGUCUGCUCCCGCUCCGCUAUGACCUUCGCGAUCGGAUCACGCGGCUUGGGGACAUUCAGUACCGCAUGGAUGAGGAUGGUUUCCUGCGGCAGCGGGGCACUGAGAUCUUCGAGUACAACUCCAAGGGCCUCCUGGUCCGGGUCUACAGCAAGGGCAACGGCUGGACCAUACAGUACCGGUAUGACGGGUUAGGCAGGCGUGUGGCUACCCGGACCAGUCUUGGCCAGCAUCUGCAGUUCUUCUACGCUGACCUGAACUACCCGACCAGGAUCACCCAUGUGUAUAACCACUCCAGCUCGGAGAUCACCAUGCUGUACUACGACUUACAGGGCCACCUCUUUGCCAUGGAGAUCAGCAGCGGCGAGGAGUUCUACAUUGCCUGUGACAACACCGGCACCCCACUGGCCGUCUUCAGCAGCAAUGGGCUCCUCUUGAAGCAGGUCCAGUAUACAGCGUAUGGCGAGGUCUACUUCGACUCGAACCCGGACUUCCAGCUCGUGGUGGGCUUCCAUGGGGGCCUGUUCGACCCCUUGACCAAGCUGCUCCACUUUGGAGAGAGGGAUUAUGACAUCUUCACUGGACGGUGGACUACCCCUGACAUCUCGACAUGGAAACGAGUAGGCAGGGACCCCACACCCUUUAACCUCUACAUGUUCCGGAACAAUGACCCAGUGAGCAAGGUGCAUGAAGUAAAGGAGUAUGUCACAGAUAUCAACACCUGGCUGGUGACUUUUGGAUUCCACUUGCACAACGUGAUUCCCGGCUACCCCAUUCCCAAGUUUGACCUCAUGCAGCCCUCCUUGGAACUGAAGAAGAGUCAGCUUUGGGAUGACCUGCCUACCAUCUCAGGGGUCCAGCAGGAAGUGAUCCGGCAGGCCAAGGCCUUCCUGUCCUUUGAGAGGCUUCCGGAGAUCCAGAUGAGCCGUCGACGGUCCAGCCGAGAAAAGCCCUGGCUGUGGUUCGCCACGGUCAAGUCGCUAAUCGGCAAAGGGGUGAUGCUGGCAAUCAGUCAGGGUCUGGUGACCACCAACGCACUCAACAUCGCCAACGAGGACUGCAUCAAAGUGGCAGCAGUGCUUAACAACGCCUUCUACCUGGAGAACCUGCACUACACGGUAGAGGGCCGAGAUACCCACUACUUCAUCAAGACCACCUUGCCAGAGAGCGACCUUGGGGCACUGCGGCUAACCAGCGGCCGCAAAGCGCUGGAGAACGGCGUCAAUGUCACCGUGUCACAGUCCACCACCGUGGUCAAUGGCAGGACUCGCAGGUUCGUGGACGUGGAGCUGCAAUACGGCGCCCUGGCGCUGCACGUCCGCUAUGGCGUCACGCUGGACGAGGAGAAGGCCCGCGUGCUGGAGCAGGCCCGGCAGAGGGCACUGGCAGCCGCGUGGGCGCGGGAGCAGCGGCGCGUGCGGGACGGCGAGGAGGGCGCGCGGUUGUGGACCGAGGGGGAGAAGAGGCAGCUGCUGAGCAGCGGGAAGGUGCUGGGCUACGACGGCUACUACAUACUGUCCGUGGAGCAGUACCCCGAACUGGCCGACAGCGCCAACAACAUCCAGUUCCUUAGGCAAAGUGAGAUCGGGAGGAGGUAACAGACUGUUGCCGGUUGCCAAAGAGACCGCUCACGGCUCGGAGUGUCCUCCGUGUGCCUUGGGCCGUAGCCGCGACGGACUGGACACAGAAAACAACCGGCCGCUCUGGACUCAAGGCGGCCCACGAUCCACAUUUCUGUCCGGAGCACAGCCUCUAUCGAACUGCGUGGACUCUCUCCCAGAUAAGGAGCAAACAAUUUGUACAAGUGAGGCGUCUUUGAGAAUGACCCUGGUGAUCCGCUUAAAAAGAGAAGUAAAGAAUAAAAUAGAAAAGGUUUACAUACACAUAUCACAGCACUCAUGCGGACUGAUGCUUAUAAAGCUUAUUGAUUUUUGUUACGAGAUGGUGUCUAUAAUCAGCUGUUUGUGCUCAUUCCCAAUGGUUGACCUUUGCUUAUAAAAAAACAAAAAAAAAACGAUUAUAAAGCCAGUAGUCUCGCUCUCCAGACCCAGGCAAAUGCUGGGAACCACUGCGGCCCCUUCAUCCCACUGGCCGUUGUCUAAGGAUGCUGUCAGCGGUGGCCAGGGCCUGCAGCCCAGUGCGUCGGUGGGCUCGUAGCGGUAUCAUGGGGCAGGAACAGAGCCAGCCAGGCGGAGGAGUAAAGGACAGGCCGUCGUAUCCGGCAGAGUCUCAGAAAAGCCUUUUCACCCCAGAAAGGAUCCGUAGCGGGUUUUUGUAUGAAUUCCCACCUACUCCUACAUUCGAUAUUAGUCUCCGAAAAGGUAAUUACUGUAAAGUGUUUAUACGCUAAAAAGUAAAAACAAACAGAUUUUCCUGUCACACAUUGCUGUUUUUACUCUUCAUAAAUUUUAAAUAUUUUAGUCUAUUAAAAUUUAUGGUAAUGUUAACAAAAAUUAAAAUAAACAAUCGAUGGUACUUUCUACAGGUGUACUGCUAUUCAACAUUUUUCUUAAUUAUCAGUCGUCACGGCUAAUUCUGGUGUACAGAUCGCUGAUGUUGGAUGUGGAGCUGAAUAGUUGCAAGUAAAAUUUAUAGGAAUAUGAUUUCUUUAUCAGGCUUUUAAAUCCUGUCAGGGGGAAUAAAAUAUACGUAGGAGCUUAUCAAAUGUUUUUGCCGUUUGGUAGCACCAAACCUCUGCCUCUGAUUAAAUUGUAGGGAGUAAAUGGUUUUCCCUCAGAGAAACUGCUGUCUGGACAAAGAGAAUUGAAACAUUUCAAAGCAUUUUGCAUUUGUGUGUGCAGGACUCACGUAUGCCGAUUCCACUGUUUGUUUAGACGAAAGUAUUCCCGAUCAUUUCGGAAGCGAUUGGCUUCUCCUACGUUUUGUCAAAUUAGAGAAACUUGCCAGUCCCACAGCUGCCCAGAAUUAAUAGGGAUCUCUGAGAGCUUCGCAGAGCAACCAAAUACUUCUAAUGUCUUACCAUUUUUUAAUGCUAACCAUUAGCAUUAGCAUUUUUUAAUGCUAACUAUUAGCAUUGCCAUUUCAGUAUCUAGGACACAUGGUCAGCUGCAUAUGUAUUUCAUGUGAGCUCCAGCUUUCACAUAUAUUCUCAUGUUGUGGUGUGUUCAGAAAACCAAGGUUCUGUUCGUGUGAUGAAGUGGUGGGCGGGGCCUCUGAGGGUGGGGGCUUAGAAAUGGCCCUUCGAUACUCUGACACCAGCAGAGAGUAACACCAUGGGUGGGGCAGAGCUAAUUCGAGGUUACACCAGUGUGCCAAGGGUGUGCAGGAGAUGCGAGCUUAGCUUUAUGCAGAAAAGGCAACACAUAUUACUAACUGCAAUGUUUUUCUUAUCAGUGUGAAUUUACCCACAGGGAAAUACUUGUAAAUACUCUUUAUAAAAUAUUGUGCAACUGUGUGUACAGACUGAGAAUUAUGAUUUUUUUGUUAGUUUUUUUGCUUAUUUUCAGCUGUUGAAUUGUAUUGCUUAGAAUAUUUUUAUAUACCUAUCGGACCAUCGGAUUGAGUGUGACAGCAGCACUCCUAGAUUGUACAGUAUUUAGCUAUUUUUAUGGCGCCCAAUGGGUGGAGGUGUUACUGGUCUACCGCUGACGGAGCCGACCAGUAGCUGUUAGCCACACUGGCCUGCUUCUCUGAGCAGCUUCCAGCAACUGCCACAGGAAGUAGGCUAGACGUUGGGACCAGGAAGUGCCACUGAUCCCCACCUCAGUGCCCCAUAUCUGUGCAGUCCAGGCGAUGCAGCCUACGAGUUUCGGGAGGAAAGGCUCUCUGUGUAUGGACCGUCACAUGGGGGGGAGGGGCAAGGAGAUCAUUCAGUGUGCACUGACAGGAGGCCAUUUUGUAGAAAACAGAGGUUUUCUUUGCUUGUUUCAUUUUGGAAUUGACUUAUAAGAAUGUGCACAAAAAAAACAAAAAAAAAACAUGGAAAACUUGCAACACUGCACGGAAG